AUUGAGAUAAAACAAUUAAACAAUCGUGGAGAAUCAAACAGCUGUGAGAGGCGAUGACCAAAAACGACUUUAGUAGGCCAGAUAUUAAAAUGCCUCCAAUUGAAAAAUAAUAAUAAUAAUAAAAGAAAAAUUAUCCAAUUAAUUUCUCCAUACCCAAAUAUCUUCUUCUCUCUGUAGAUGUUUUUCUCAGGCUUCCAAUGGUGAGCACAAAAAAUUUGAGUUCCUUAAUUGGACUCAUCAAAGACAAAGCCUCUCAAAGCAAAGCCGCGCUUCUGGCUAAGCCCAACAUUCUUUCCUUUCAACUCGCUCUCCUCCGAGCCACCACUCACGACCCCCACGCGCCGCCCAGGGAGAAGCACCUCUGUGUACUUCUCUCUCUUGGCAAAACCUCACGCGCCACCGCCGCUGCUGCCGUCGAAGUCUUAAUGGACCGCCUCCAAACCACCCAAAACUCCGCCGUCGCCCUCAAGUGUUUAAUCGCCGUUCACCACAUCGUCAAGAACGGCGGCUUCAUUCUACAAGACCAGCUCUCUGUUUUUCCCUUCACCGGCGGUAGAAACUACCUCAAACUCUCCGAUUUCCGCGACAGUUCCAAUCCCAUUUCUUGGGAGCUUUCCUCUUGGGUUCGAUGGUACGCUCAGUACAUCGAAACUGUUUUGUCUAUUUCCCGAAUUUUGGGGUUUUUUGUUGGUUCUUCGACCUCGAACGAAGAGAAGGAGAAGAAAACAGAGCAGAUUUCAGGGAUUUUGAACUCCGAUUUGCUUAAAGAGACCGAAUCUUUGGUGGGUUUAAUCGAAGAAACUUCGAAAAUGCCUCACUGUUUGCAUCUGAAUGGAAACAGAUUGGCGGAUAAGAUCUAUGCCUUUGUCGGUGACGAUUACUUGUCGGCUAUGAAGGAAAUUUCAAUCCGGGUUACAGAGUUUCAUCAGCGGCUCAGUUGCCUCAGUUUCGGCGAAUCGGUCGAGUUGGUUUGCGCGUUGAAACGGCUCGAGGAUUGCAAAGAAAAGCAAUCCAAGGGAAUUUCUUCAAAGUACGAAGUUUUGAUGGAUGAAUUUUGGGGUUCCAUUAGAGAGACCAAGAAUUUGAUUGGGGAGUCCAAGGAAAAUCAAGAGGGCGGUAAAUUGGCCAGGACGAAGAGCAGGAUGAGCGACUCGGGCCGGUUUAUGGAGCGGGCCAUUGCUGGUUCUUAUCGUGACUCGCUUCGGUUCGGUUCUGAGCGGUUCGAUUUAACGUGCAAAGGGUUUCCGGUUCCAGGUACAAGGGAAUCGUACUUUCUGCUUAAAUGAUUGUAUUGUAUUUUUAUUUUUUUUUAUUUAUUUAUUUUUUUUUUUUUGUAAAUAAGUUUUGUGUGUAUGUGUUUUGAGGGGGGAAAAACAAAAUUUCUAAACUUUUUAAAUUUAUUAAACUGAACCUCAAAUUCAGAUACUCUCAAUCUUAGCUAGGAGUGUUGUAAUUUUAACCUAAAUUUGCACUCAAAAUAUUGUUAAAAAA